GGGACCUUCCUGCUAGCUGCAGAGACCUCACCCCACCCUACACCCCUGGGACUCCCCUGCUCAGCAGCAGUACCAGAGACCACUGCACCUUCCUGCUGGCAGCAGGGACCCUUCGUGUCUCCGCUGGGAUCUUCCUAGCAGGGGUAACAGAGACCUUCCUGAUACCCAGGGAAACUUGCUCCCUCCCCUUUGCACCCCAAAGACUUUCCUGCAAAGAACGUUAGAGACGCCACGCUUCAGAGACCCGUUAGCAGCAGCAGCAGAGACCUUCCAACCAAAACUCCUCCUGAAUAGCAGCAGCAGACCCACUCAGCCCUUUGUAAUCCUGAGACGUUCUGGCAGCAGAGACCCACUCCCACCUAAAUCCGUCCGAGAGGAGCAGAGAACGCCGAGCAACAACAGAUCCUCUCUAUUCACCAGUACAUGGAUUAUCUGUGUUUUAAAGCGCUUUGCUGCAAGGGACCACCACCUCCACGACCUGAAUAUGACUUGGUUUGUAUAGGUCUCACUGGGUCUGGCAAGACAAGUCUACUGUCACAGCUUUGCAGUGAAAACCCAGAGAAUAUAGUGUCUACAACAGGUUUUAGCAUAAAAGCAGUGCCAUUCCAGAAUGCCGUCUUGAAUGUAAAAGAACUCGGAGGGGCUGACACUAUUAGGAAGUACUGGAGUCGUUACUACCAAGGAUCCCAAGGGGUAAUAUUUGUAUUAGACAGUGCCUCCUCGGAAGAUGAUCUAGAAACGGCGAGGAAUGAACUACAUUCUGCUCUUCAGCACCCACAGUUAUGUACUCUGCCAUUUUUAAUAUUGGCCAAUCAUCAAGACAAGCCAGCAGCUCGCUCAGUACAAGAGAUCAAAAAAUAUUUUGAACUUGAACCACUUGCACGAGGAAAGCGCUGGAUUCUUAAACCCUGCUCCCUGGAUGAUAUGGAAGCAGUAAAAGACAGCUUCACCCUUCUGAUAAAUUUGCUAGAAGAGAGAGAGCUUGAGCCUUCAAGAAUGUGA